AUGCUCAUAUUCGUCGUAGCCACCACGGCAACAGAGGCUGCUGCUACUACUACCAAGCCGUCCCAGAGGCUGAGCCGCUUCCUCAAAGACGAGACCACCGUCGACGGAACCCCAGGGUACGGAGGCAACAGCGGCAACGGCGUCGGAGGCAUCGGGACGAGCAAGAACCCGAGGGCGGCGGACCACUGCAACAAGGACCCGGGGCUGUGCCAGUCGCUGUACGGGAAGGGCUUCGAGUGCUGCAACAACAAGUGCAUCGACGUCACCGCCGACAAGCAGAACUGCGGCGGGUGCAAGAACAAGUGCGCCUUCAAGGACGAGUGCUGCAAUGGGCAGUGCGUCUACCUCUCUCUCGACAAGCGCCACUGCGGCAAGUGCAAUGCUCCUUGCGCCGCCCCGCAGCUCUGCGUCUACGGGAUGUGCAACUACACUUGA